AUGCUUAUAUUCGAUGAGGCUGAUAGAAUGCUGGAUAUGGGGUUUGAGCCUCAGAUUAGGCGUAUUGUGGAGCAGGAGGGCAUGCCCAGCUCGAGGGAUGGCAGACAGAGUAUGAUCGAUCAGGAGCAGCCUCUUCUCCCCGACUGUCAUCUGAAUACAUCACGUCAUGAGAGGGUCAUACGAAAACCCAUCCAGCCUACGACCCUCAAUAUGUUCAUCCUUCGUCGAAAUUGA